UCAUGUCAUAUGGUAUUUUUUACAAUAACAAAGUUUCUUAAACGUAAUUUGUAUAUUUAUUUUUAGAAAGAAUUGAGGAAACGUAUUACUGGUUAAAAUUUUAACGUAUAAUGCAAUUAUCAAGUCCGAUCAUAUGCAGAAAUUUAAACUUUUCGAGGAUGUGUUUUCUCGUAAAUUGCUUGAAAAGACUGAAAAGUUCACAACAAUGGUUAAGUCGUCAAAAUGCAGAUCCUUAUGUGGAAAAAGCUAAGAUAUAUAACUACAGAUGUCGGAGUGCCUUUAAGCUGUUGGAAAUGAAUGAAAAAGCAAAAAUACUUUUUCCUGGUCAAACUGUUAUCGAUCUCGGUGCAUGCCCUGGUUCAUGGACACAAGUAGCAGUCCAAAAGACCAAUGCUGAUGGAGCCGAUUCGUCAAAACCUAAGGGCACAGUUCUAGCCAUAGAUAAAUUACAAAUUUUUCCUAUUGAGGGAGCAACAAUAAUGAGUAAUAUGGAUUUCUCAACUAUAGAUGCACAUGACAAAGUAAUAAAGGCCUUGAAUGGUGCAAAAGUGGACCUGGUGCUGUCAGAUAUGGCACCUAGUGCAACAGGUGUCAGGGAACUUGAUAAGGACAGAAUCAUAGGUUUAUGUUAUAUGGCAAUUAGAUUUGCAGCUUUAGUCACUAGGAUAGAUGGUAACUUGUUAUUUAAAGUAUGGGAUGGUAAAGAAGUACCUAUUCUAGAAAUGGAUUUAGAGAGAUUUUACAAAAGUAUAAAAAUUAUGAAACCUAAAGCCAGUAGAUCUGACUCAUCGGAAAAGUUUAUUCUAGCGAGAGGCUUCAGGGGUAUUCAGAGGCCAUUAGAAAAUGGUCGUUGGGGUUAGAUGUUACUUAAUUUUGUGAUAUAUAAUGAUAUCUAUUUCUGCAAACUACCAUUGCUUUGAUGUAUAAUACAGUUGCUAUAUGUUUAGUUUAGUAAGUAGUAAGUUAAAAAUGUAUCAUAUUUAAAUGACAAUAUUCAAUAUACAUACUAAAAGACAAGGUAUAUAGAUCAAAAUAUAUGCUUUAUGUAUCUAGUAUAAUACUUGUUAGACUAAUAAGUUAAAGGAUAAACUUGUAACAGCUCAAGAUAAUAAUUGUCUUCCACUUACCUAUACAAUGGAUAUAGUGUAGAAAAGUACAAACUACUUUUUAUAGUUCAAUAUAUUAUGGUCUAGUCAUUAGCUAGACAUGUCAUUACAGAUGUGCUUUCUAUGUAAAAUGUUUUGUAGAUAAUAAUUUUAUAAAAAAUAUAUUU